CCCUCAUCCUGCGACGGCGCGUGUAGUUCCUGCCGCAGCGUUUUGUCAUGCAGCAGGCCGAAGACUACAUACAGCGCAAUGCUGCACUAAGUCCACGGAGCCUUUAAGCAACUUUGCAAACUCGAUUACAUUGUCGCCCAUUUCAAGCUUUAGAGUCCUUAUGGCAAACGCGGCUUCAAGAAUACAAAGAUUUAUUCGGGGGAAACAUGAAAAAGCCCCAAGAGCGGAAGACCAGCAGUUUGAACUGCAUCAUGAACCCAGCCAAAUUGCGACAUUUGAUACACCUCAAUCUUCGCAAAACGGCACCACUCAAAUCACAUAUGCGACUUUAUACCGAUACGCAACCCCAUGGGAUUUAUGCUGCCUGGCUUUGGCUGCUACUACGGCCGUUGCAGCCGGCGCUGCCCUGCCCUUGAUGAGUGUUAUUAUUGGAAACCUGUCAGGAAGCUUCGCAGACUAUUUCAAUGAUCACAAGGCAAGCGAUAUAUCAGCAGUCCUGCAACGGCAUGUAGUAUACUUUGUGUAUCUUGCUGCUGGCGAAUUUGUACUCAUUUACCUUUCGACCGUACUGUUUGUAUAUACCGGUGAAAAAAUAUCGUCCAAGAUUCGAACAUCUUAUUUGCAGGCCAUCUUAGCCAAGGAUAUUGCCUUUUUCGACCAUACUGGCGCUGGCGAGGUUACAACAUGCCUGACUGCUGAUACCAAUUCAAUCCAAGAAGCUAUCUCAGAAAAGGUAGCCCUUAUUCUCAAUGGGAUUGCUUCGUUUAUUGCCGCGUUCGUCAUCGGAUUUGUCAGGUUUUGGAGACUGACAGCGAUUUGCAUGUCUACCGUAUUCGCUAUCAUUCUUGCCAUGGGGGUUUCAAGCUACUAUAUUACUCUGUGGAACAGACUUUCCCUCGAUCAUUUCGCGGCCGGCAGUAAUGUUGCAGAGGAAACUAUCAGUUCCAUUCGGUUAGUGAAGGCCCUUAAAACCGAGAAAGCCUUUGCCUCCGCAUAUGACGAGCAUCUUCAAGCAGCAUUGCGGGAGAGUAUCCGAAGCCGAGUCACGUUGGCAUGCAUGAUAGGAUCAGUAAGCUGUAUUGUCUUUCUGAAUUAUGGUCUAGCAUUUUGGAUGGGCGGUCGCUUCAUUGGGAGUGGAGAGACUGACAAGGCCGCGGUUUUGACAAUCAUUAUGGCUAUUAUGAUGGGAAUCUUUGCUGUCGGAAAUUUGGCACCAAAUAUACAAUACCUUUCAGCUGGUGUCGCAGCUGGGUCAAGAAUAUUUGGCGUCAUCGAUCGCUCUUCGUCGGCCCCCAUAAAGCCAGGCGCGGAGCUUGAGUUCGUGAGGGGUGACUUGGAGCUCCGCAAUGUGGGGCACAUUUAUCCCACACGACCCAGUGUUAUCGCCCUCGAUAAUGUCAGUUUUACAGUUCCAGCUGGGAAGACAACAGCAAUCGUUGGCUACUCAGGGUCAGGCAAGAGCUCUGUCUUAAGUCUCAUUGAACGAUUCUACGACCCAGUAAGUGGGGUCAUUUCACUCGACGGGCACGAUAUUGGCUCUCUAGAUGUUCACUGGCUACGGCGACAAAUUGCGUUUGUGGGACAAGAGCCGGUCCUAUUCAACAAAAGCAUCAGAGAUAACAUUGCUGAUGGAAUUGUUGAUUCUCCAUAUGAGUUUGAGACAAAAGAGCAGCAAGAGAAACGCAUUAUCAAAGCUGCCAUGCAAGCAAAUAUUCACGAUUUCAUAUCCCUCUUGCCUGGAGGCUAUGAGACUUUAGUUGGUGAAAAGGGUGUCUUGCUCUCAGGUGGGCAGAAGCAACGUAUAGCUAUCGCGAGGGCUAUUAUCCGAAACCCUAGGAUUCUUUUACUCGACGAGGCAACUUCAGCGCUAGAUACGUCCGCAGAGAAUAUAGUUCGAGUAGCACUUGAAACAGCAGCAGCGAAUCGAACUACGAUUGUGGUCGCCCACCGACUUUCAACAAUCAGAAAUGCUGACAAAAUUGUCGUGUUGGAUAAGGGUGCCAUCGUUGAAGAAGGCAACCACGAAUUUUUGCUAGCCAAAGGCAAUAUUUAUGCUUCGCUGGUAGCUAGCCAAAGGUUGGAUAACAUUUACGAAAACUCGACGUCUAAGCUCGACCAAUUUGACUUUGACUGGAAUGCAGUCAAAAUUCCAUCUUGGAGGUUCAAAGACCACAUCAUUGUCGAAAAUGAUGGUGAAUUUGGAGCUAUACCGACAGGCCUCACCUGGAAUGAAUCGUCAACAACUAUCCGGUUGCCAACUACCAAGAUGGGAAAGUCCUCUAGCGAGGUGCAAUCAUCACUAUGGCUCGUUGUCAAAUUUAUUGCGACGCUCACUCGGCAAGACCUAAGAUAUCUAAUACUAGGACUCAUUUUCAGCACAAUCAACGGCGCCGUUCAACCUGUACAAGGGGUCUUCUUCGCCCAGGCUAUUGUGGCCUUAUCGCAGCCAUUUCCUGGAUCAAAAAAUUUCCUGCAUACAAUCAAUUUCUGGGCUUGGAUGAACGUCAUGAUCGCCAUAGUGCAAUUAAUUGUUCUUCCAGCACAAGGACUUAUGUCGGCCAUUUGCACCGAACGACUCGUUUUCAAAGCCCGUUCUCGUGCAUUCAGAUCGAUAACACAGCAAGAAAUACCGUUUUUUGACCUGGAAGAGAACUCUAUUGGAGCACUCACCUCGUUCCUGUCCACUAAGAUCAACCACCUUUUAACUCUUUCUAGUCAGACACUCAAUAUUCUAGUAUCAUGCUUGUCGACUAUUAUCAUAGCCGUUAGUGUCUCCAUGGCCGUCGGAUGGAAGUUGGCCAUUGUUUGCCUAUGUACGGUUCCCGCUAUCCUCGGAACUGGUUAUUUGCGAGUCAAAUCUAUCGCGAACUUCCAAAAGUCUGCCCAGGCCGCAUACCAAAAAUCUGCAGGGUUUGCUUGUGAAUAUAUCAAUGCUAUAAGAACUGUAGCGUCACUCACAAUGGAGAAUCGAAUUCUCGAGGCGUAUUGUCUGCAGAUCUAUGCCCACACCAAAAGCUCAUUGUGGUCAAACCUGUUGAACAGCGCAUAUUAUGCGGCUUCACAAUCGAUGAUCUUCCUAGCGUUGGCGAUUGGAUUUUGGUAUGGGGGUAUUCUGCUGAGCCGUGGCGAGUAUACGCUCCUGCAAGUCUUUCUCAUCCUUUCCGAGAUUAUCUUCAGCAUUCGAUCUGCCGGGACUGCUUUCGCUUUCGCCGGCGACAUUGCCAAAGGAGGGGUGGCUGCUGCAGAGAUACGCCAGCUUAUCUGUGGAAAAGCAAUAACUGAGGAAAGUGGCGAAGGGGGUCAAGUAAUCGAGAGAAUUGAAGGGCAUAUUGAGUUUCGAGACGUCCAUUUUAGAUACCCAGCAAGACCAGAUGCCCCGGUCCUACAGGGGCUGAGCAUGAAAGUUCAGGCGGGCCAAAGUAUCGCCUUGUUGGGCUCCUCGGGAAGCGGCAAGUCAACUGUUAUUGCGCUUCUUGAACGAUUCUACGAACCUUUGGCGGGAGAAAUCCUUCUUGACGGACAAACUAUAACUUCACUGAAUCUCAACGAUCUGAGGAAGCACGUGGCACUCGUAAGCCAAGAGCCACUAAUGUGUCAAGGAACGAUCAAGGACAACCUCCUGCUUGGCUUUGACACCACGAACAAUGCGACAGCAAUUGUGCCCGAGGAUAAAAUAAUUGAGGCAUGUAAAGAGGCAAAUAUUUACGAUUUCAUCCAGUCUCUACCUGAAGGAUUUUCUACUCAGGUCGGCCCAAAGUCAAUCCUCCUCUCAGGAGGCGAGAGACAACGAUUAACUAUCGCCCGUGCCCUCCUUCGCGAUUCUAAGAUUCUAUUACUCGAUGAAGCAAUGUCUUCCCUCGAUGCCCAAUCCGAAGAACUAGUACUGCAGGCCCUUGAGAGAGCCUCAAAAGGUCGAACUACUAUAAGCAUUGCGCAUAGGCUGAGCACUAUUCGGCAUACAGACUGCAUUUUUGUGAUUGAUGGAGGGGCUGUAGCUGAGAAGGGAACACACGAAGACUUGAUGAAUAUUGAGGGCGGGCACUAUCGGAAUCUCGUAUUAAGAGAGCAUCUAAGAACUAAAUCACAUUAA